UUGUGGGCUGAGUUCUAGCUGAAAUGCCCGUGUAAGAUGACUCUCGCGCUCUAUGAGGCUCUGAGCCGUUAGCAAGCAGGCCGCUGCUCUACAGAGCGGACGUCUGGGGCGUAGGCUACAGGAAAGAGCCCCGGUGUAGUGAACGAGUAUUUUCUUUAUUUUUUAUAAACUUCUGAAACAUUUUGAAACAAUGAGUCGAGGAGCGGGGAAGUCCACCCAGGACACGCUGAUUGAGAUGAGCGAGACCGCGUCACAGGCUGGUGAAGAUAACAACGGAUUCUUUCCCAAUUCAGAGAGGGUGUCACUUAAGCCUGCUGAUGCUAAGGUGGAUAAACAACAUCAGAGUAAAGACUCGGUGUACUUCCGAGAUGGGGUCCGGAGGAUAGAUUUUGUUCUCUCUUAUGUCGAUGAGAAAGAUGGAGAAAGAAAACAGGAAAGAAGGAAACAGUAUGAAGCUAACCUGCAGAAGGCGGGGCUAGAGCUGGAGCUUGAGGAUAAAACGGAAUCUGAAGAUGGGAAGACUUAUUUCCUAAAGAUCCAUGUCCCAUGGGAGGUGUUGGCCACCUACGCUGAUGUUCUAAAAAUAAAAGUGCCUUUCAAAGUCAAUGACAUCCCUGAUAACCGUGAGAUUCCUGCCUCCUGGCUCUUCACACCCUUCCGCCUGCCUGGUUCAGUCAUGCACCCCGAGCCAGACUACUUCACCGCCCCCUUCGACAAGAGCAAGAUUGAUUUCUUCCUCAUUGAAAAUAAAGAAACCUUCUUCCCAACCUCCACACGCAACAGGAUAGUGUAUUACAUCCUCUCCCGUUGCCCUUACAAUAAAGAAGACAAACUCAACAAGGACAAGAGAGGCAUCAAGCGGCUGCUUAACAACGGAACCUACACGUCAGCCUUCCCUGUGCAUGAUUGCAGAUACUGGACAAGGUCUCGAGACCCUAACUGUGAGAAUGAGAGGUAUAGCCUCUACCAAUACUGGGCUCGGUUCCCCCGCUUCUACAAGGAGCAACCACUCAAUCUUAUCCGGAGAUACUAUGGGGAGAAGAUUGGGAUCUAUUUUGCUUGGUUGGGCUUCUACACUGAAAUGCUGUUCUAUGCUGCUCUGGUUGGACUUAUCUGCUUCAUCUAUGGACUGGCUACCUAUGAUGAAGUUGUCUGGACUAGAGAAAUCUGCGAUGACCAAAUUGGUGGACAGAUAAUCAUGUGCCCUCUCUGUGAUAAGAAAUGUGGCUAUUGGAAACUUAACAGUACCUGCAACUCCACCUGGCAAUCACAUCUCUUUGACAAUACAGCAACGGUGUUCUUCGCUAUAUUUAUGGGUAUCUGGGUGACUCUGUUCCUGGAGUUUUGGAAGCGGAGACAAGCCAGGCUGGAGUAUGAGUGGGACCUGGUGGACUUUGAGGAGGAACAGCAGCGGCUCCAGCUUAGGCCUGAGUAUGAGACCAAAUGCACCAGUCGGCGUCUUAACCGUGUCACACAGGAGUUGGAGUGGGUUCUAGAUCAAACAGUUGGUGAUUUUUUAGGCAAGAUCGUCCUGUGCUGGGCCACUGUAGUCCUGUGGAUCUCUCUAAUCAUAGCGAGUAUAAUCGGGGUGAUAGCGUAUCGGCUGGCUGUGUUCGCUGCUCUGGCUAGCGUAAUGAAAGACAGCCCUACCAAUAAACUGGAAGUGGUGGGCUCACUUAUCACCCCACAGCUGGCCACAUCUGUCACAGCCUCUUGCAUCAACUUCAUAAUUAUCAUGAUACUGAACUUCCUGUAUGAGCGCGUGGCCAUAUGGAUUACAGACAUGGAAGUCCCUAAAACACAUCUUGAAUAUGAAAACAAACUGACCGUCAAGAUGUUCCUCUUCCAGUUUGUGAACUACUAUUCCUCCUGCUUCUACGUGGCCUUCUUUAAAGGAAAGUUUGUGGGAUACCCUGGAAAUUAUGCAUAUAUGUUCAAUAGGUUGAGCGGGCUGAGGAAUGAAGAGUGUGACCCUGGUGGUUGUUUGAUUGAGCUGACGACUCAGCUUGUGAUUGUGAUGGCUGGUAAACAAGUGUGGGGAAACAUCCAGGAGGCUUUAGUUCCCUGGCUGCAGAACUGGUGGAGCAGCAGGAGUGCUCGCAGUCACCCGGAGAGUCUGUACAGCCGCUGGGAGCAGGAUUAUGAUCUGCAGAACUUUAGUCAAUUUGGUCUUUUCUAUGAGUACCUGGAAAUGGUGAUCCAGUUUGGUUUUAUCACAUUGUUUGUGGCCUCCUUUCCAUUGGCUCCUCUCUUGGCUCUGAUAAAUAAUAUUCUCGAGGUGCGAGUGGACGCAUGGAAGUUAACCACUCAGUUCCGCAGACCUGUAGCAUCUAAAGCCCACAGCAUCGGUGCCUGGGAAGAGAUCCUGAACCUGAUCGCUGUCUUCUCUGUAGUAACCAAUGCAUUCAUUGUGGCAUUUACCUCUGAUAUGAUUCCUCGGCUGGUGUAUCUGUACACGCAUCACUCAGGCACUGAACUGACUAUGCAGGGCUACAUCAACAAUAGCCUGUCCAUCUUCAACAUCUCGCAGAUCCCACCUCAUAACAGACCUGAUGAUGGUGAGAAUCCUGCCUGGUUCAACAGCUCUCUGAUCACCACCUGCAGGUACCGAGAUUACCGCCACCCCCCGGGCCAUGAGUACGAGUACUCCCACACCAUGCAGUUCUGGCAUAUCCUGGCAGCCAAAAUGGCUUUUAUUAUAAUUAUGGAGCAUGUUGUGUUUGUGGUGAAGUUCUUUGUGGCAUGGCUGAUUCCCGAUGUGCCGUCUGACGUGAAGGCUCGUAUAAAGAGGGAACGCUACCUGGUGCAGGAGUACCUGCACAACUACGAGGUGGAAAAGCUCAAAGUGCAGCUGGCUCAGAAUGGAAAUGGAGGACAGUGCAUCUGCCCUGAAAUAACGGCAUCUAUGAAACAUGAGGUGCUUUCUGAAUGCUUAACCUAGCCUGGGCCACAUCCCAUUUUCCCUCACAACAAAAAGUUAUUAGCCAUUUACCUCACCCUUAGCCACAAACUCUUCUAGCUGUGACAGCUCCAAAUUAGGAUCAGCUCCAUUCUACCCAUUUUCAUUUGGACAUCAGGAUCCUUUAUCAGGUUCUAAAUGAGCUCUUUUACUCUGUGAAGUUUGAGACUAGUUUUCAGAGCUGUCCAUGUUUAUCUUACAUUAUAUGAUGUCUCUUUCCUCACUCUGUCUAAAUUCAUUUUUAUUUCAUUAGGAAACAAAAAUCAAUGUCGUUAAAUUUUUUUGUUUUGCAACAAGAGAUUUGUUUCUGUUCAAAUUCAGAUACAGGACUGUAAAAUCUCUCAUGCAUCCAAAGACAAAAUGCCUUAUCAACACAUCUGUCUUAGUGUGUAUUGCUCUUCCUGUCAUGUUUCAGAGGAGAAUCCUCUAAAAUUCUGCCUUCUGAUAAGAUACAUCUAAAGAACUUGAUGGUCUAUGAAGAUAGAGAUUUGUAAAGAAAUUUUUGUUUUUAUUUAUUUCAAGUUUUAGCCUGUCUUACUCUCGCCGUCUAUAGAUUUUAGAUUUUGCUGUUUUACGUUUGAUAUCACAGAAAAACUCUUUGGUUUCAAAUAAGAUGUCAAAGCACUAAACAUCACCUGGUGUUUCCUCCAUUAAACCGUCAUGCUGUUAUCUCACCUCUAUGCAAAUCAAAUCAAACUUCUCAAGGCUGUCAGAAAAAUGUAAAGUGCUUAUAUACCAAAAUGAGCCAAUGCGCCAUAUGUGCUGUAAUGUUUGUGAAGUCACCCGAGUGGUGGAAGAGAGCUGAAGGCAAUCAGCCUGUCCUAUAAGCCAAAUCCUGAAUAAAUUCAAGCUGAAGCCUGCUGUUUAAAACUGAAGUGUUAAGAUAAUGAAGAGUAAGCAACUUUUAAUGCAUGACCGUAGGAGCAGACUGGCCAUGCGAAUGGCUUUUAAUGUGCCUUUAUUUAUCUAUAUGUUUAUUCCUGUGAAGAAAAGUCCAGCUGUAGCCAUGGGGACGCUGUAAUGGUCUUUGUUUUGUUCGAUUUGUUGUUCAGUUUCUGGGUGAGGAAAUGUUUUGCACAGAGCACUUACUGAAGAAGGAAUCUGUUCAUGUGUCAGUGUGAUGAUUGUAUUUACACUACAGUAUCAGUGUUGUUCUAAUUAACAUGGUGUCUGAUUAGAGAGUAGAUCAUGUGAAUCACUGUAAAUGCUUUGACGACUACACCUCGUCUUUGAUUUUCAGGUCUCUUUAAAGCAUUGUAGCACAAUAAAUACAAGUUGUGUUAAUAUUUCAGAUAUUUUGAUGAUGUUUGGAAAAACAGAGGCCUAGAUUUAAGUCAGAAGAUGGCGAUUGCCAGUACACUUCCUUUACAAAUAAAUCUAUGGAGACAAAUAAUCAAGUAUCCUGUUCUAGUUGUACUAUUUCCGAAUUCUUGACAUGAUUUCUGAAGAUGUAACUGUUUAUAAGGUGGUCUGCUUUUUCAUUUUAUUAUGACCUACUUUUCCUUUUCUUUUGAUUGUUACUGAAUUAUGACUGUUAAAUCCUUCUGUGCUGUAGAUCAGAUCCAUACAUCUAAAAACACAGAAUACAAGAAGCCUUAGGCACUAGUUUUUCUGUGCACCUAAACAUGAAGCUGUGCUUUUCUAUCACUUUAUCUUUAAGUCAUCUGUUUUAAAUGAAUACUCGGGAUCACAAAAAGAUAACAAAAGAAAAGGAUUAUUAUGUCUAUUUGAUCAUCUUUUUUUGACUGACAGCUUGUGAUUAUUUUAGGGCAUCACCUGUUGUAUCUGCGUGGAUUAUAUAAUGCUGGUUCUGAAAAUGUUAUUUUCUCUGCAUAUAUGAAUAAAUAUCGUUUUAAAUAAAACACACCUUUCAUUUUU